AUGGAAAGAUAUGAGAUAUUGAAAGACAUAGGUUCUGGGAACUUUGGUGUGGCUAAGCUUGUGAGAGAUAAUGGAAGUGGUGAGCUAUAUCCAGUCGAAUACAUCGAGAGAGGAAAUAAGAUUGAUGAGCAUGUGCAGAGGGAGACCAUGAACCACAAGUCUUUGAAUCACCCCAAUAUUAUCAAAUUGAAGGAGGUCUUGCUAACCUCGACUCAUCUAGCCAUAGUAAUAGAAUAUGCAUCAGGAGGUGAACUUUUCGCACGAAUAUGCAAUGCUGGGAGAUUUAGUGAAGAUGAGGCAAGGUUUUUCUUUCAACAGCUGAUAUCCGGAGUCAAUUGCUAUCAUUCCAUGCAAAUUUGCCACAGAGAUCUAAAGCUCGAAAGCACGUUGCUGGAUGGAAGCCCAACACCAUGCCUCAAAAUUUGCGACUUUGGUUACUCUAAGGCGCUCUUUUGGGCUUGUUUUGUGUUUACCUUUCUGCCCCAGGAUUUUGGUUCUGUGCAAACUUUUCUCCUCGAUUGUACGAGCAUUUGCAGUUUUGGCCAUGCCGGUGGUCGCGCGGAAAUUUAUUUCUUUUCUUUUGCCACUGAAUACGUUGAUCCUGAGAGCAAUUCCAGGUCUAAACGAAAUCGGAAAAGCUUUAUAGGGUUCACUGCAAACAUCAAUCGUCAGGAUAGGUCAUGA